UGAUUCCUGUCAGACGGACCGGAGCGGGCGGCUGGGAAACUUCCAGCUCCUAAUCAAACUACCCAAAACCCAAAAGGCUUCUUCUCUGGGCAAAUCUUUACCUUCACCUCUGCGGAACGCGAAGGGAAUAAGGAAAACGAGAUACCAACGGGAAUAAUCGAUGAGGAAUUUAUUGAUCUAAAUGGACAAUCUCGGAUUGAAAUCCCGCAGGACAGCUUUGGGUGACAGAGGCAUAUUUUCCUCCUUCCUAAUGAUCUUGUGAUGUUUGUUUGAAGUUAAUCAGACUCAAGAUUUGAGUGAGGAUGACUGCAUUCAGGAGGAAGGUGCAGCAGGUGCUCUGCGUCCUGCUCUGCGCUCUCCAGCUCUGCUGCGCUCAGACACAGGGAGUGACGUUUUGCGCGGGAACCCAGAAUGGCCUGAGCACGUCGCUAAAUACAAAUGUGCAGUACGAUCGGACAAAGGAGAUGUACACCGACUGCAACAUUGUAAUAAGGAACCUCGAGGUCAGCAUGAUGGAGCACACCAGAGACAUGAGCUUCCUGCAGUCUAUUAAGGAAGUAACAGGCUACGUUCUGUUCGCUAUGAAUGAGUUCACCCGGCUCCCUCUUGACAAUCUGCGUGUAAUCAGGGGCACCACUCUUUACGAGGGCCGCUAUGCUCUGGUCGUGCUGCUCAACUACAAGAAAGAUGGCCCACAUGGCCUUCAGGAACUUGGCCUGACAAACCUCACAGAAAUACUAAAAGGAGGCGUCAAGAUCAUCCGGAACGAGUACCUGAGCUACGCUCCACAGGUGAACUGGCUUGACAUAGUGAAGAAUGAAUCAGCCGACAUCAUGAUCGAAGGCAAUGGCCCUAAAAAGCCUUGUCACGCAGCAUGUGGAGACGCACCUUGCUGGGGACCAGGAAGUAACUCUUGCCAGACCUUGACAAAAACUGUGUGCGCACCUCAGUGUAACGGACGAUGCUUCGGACGAAGCCCCAGCGAGUGCUGCCACAUUGAAUGUGCUGGUGGUUGCAAGGGACCCCUGGAUACAGACUGCUAUGCUUGCAGGAACUUUAACAACUCAGGCUCAUGUGUGCCACAGUGUCCCCAGACUCUGAUUUACAACAAGCAUACAUUCAGAAUGGAGCGAAAUCCCAAUGCCAAGUACCAGUACGGCUCUGUCUGUGUGGCCCAGUGCCCUGCCAACUUUUUGAUAGACGGCAGUUCAUGUGUGAGCAACUGUCCAGCAGAUAAAACGGAAGUGGAAAAAAAUGGAGUAAAACUAUGUGAGCCCUGUAAAGGUCUCUGUCCUAAAGUUUGUAAAGGAUUUGAAGCUCAAGGAGGGCAAUCCGUGGAUGCAACAAACAUUGACAGUUUUAUAAACUGCACUAAAAUCCAGGGCAGUCUUCACUUUCUGGUGACGGGAAUAGAUGGUGAUUCUUACAACAACAUACCCCCACUCGAUCCAGAAAAGCUUAAAGUCUUUAACACCGUGCAAGAGAUUACAGAUGUCCUCAGUAUCCAGUCAUGGCCUAAAAGCCUGUCUGACCUGUCUGUCUUCUCUAACCUUCAAACAAUACAAGGCAGAACGCUUUACAAGGGACAAAAGGCUAAAAGGAGUUUUGCUUUCCUUGUGAUGAGGAUUAAGUCUCUCACAUCCCUCGGGUUGCGCUCCCUGCAAAGGAUAAAUGACGGUAACAUCUAUAUCAGCGGAAACGAGAAGCUGUGCUACUACAACACUGUGAAUUGGACGCGAAUUCUGAGCCCGGGUUUCCGUCCCCAGAGGUGGCUAAAGGACACCAAGGACAACAGGCCAAUAGAGGACUGUGUUAAAGAGGGCCACGUGUGUGACCCCUUAUGCUCCUCUGAUGGAUGCUGGGGUCCGGGGCCUGACCAGUGUGUGACCUGUAAAAAAUACAGACGUGGAGGGACUUGUGUACCAGACUGUAUGUUUCUAUCUGGAGAGAAGAGGGAGUUUGCCUCACAGACAGGCGAGUGUUUGCCAUGUCACCCUAACUGUAAGGUCCAAGAAGGCAUGGAGACGUGCAGGGGCCCGGGAGCAGAUCAGUGUAUAGCUUGCUCCAAGCUGCAGGAUGGUCCACACUGCGUCUCUUCGUGUCCCAAGGGUGUGAUGGGUGGGGAGGAAGUCAUUUUUAAAUAUGCCGACAAGCAUGGGCAUUGUAAGCCUUGCCACACAAGCUGCACCCAAGGAUGUACCGGCUCUGGAAUUUGGAAUUGUGUUGGGAAUUCUUCUUCGUCAAGAUUUGCAACCAUCGGGAUCGUGUUGGGUGUAAUAGCUACAAUCUUCAUCUCAUUAUUCAUUUUUGUGCUGGCUCUUGUGUACCGCCGAAGCCGCGCCAUCCGUCGUAAGCGAGCCUUCAGGAGAUACAUGGAGAAUGGUGAAAGCUUUGAACCUUUGGAAGAGAAAGAGAAAGUCCAUGCUAGAAUCCUGAAACCCUCAGACCUGCGUAAGAUCAAACCACUGGGUAAUGGAGCAUUUGGAACAGUCCACAAAGGCUUUUGGAUCCCUGAGGGAGACACUGUGAAGUUGCCUGUUGCCAUAAAGACUGUUUCUGAUCGCACUGGUCGACAAACUUUCAGCAGAGUGACAGAUCAUAUGAUCGCAAUGGGAAGCCUGAACCACAUCAACGUUGUGAGGACGUUGGGUUUUUGUCCCGGUAACAGUCUCCAGCUCAUCACCCCACUCAGUAUUCAGGGCUCCAUGCUGGAACAUGUGAGGAAAAACAGGAACAAGCUAAGCCCACAGAGGCUGCUCAACUGGUGUGUUCAGAUUGCAAAGGGUAUGAAUUACCUGGAGGAACACAGGAUUGUCCACAGAAACCUGGCUGCUAGAAAUGUUCUCCUCAACAACAACUUUACUGCACAGAUUUCCGAUUACGGCAUCGCUGACCUGCUGUAUCCAGAUGAAAAGAAAUAUUCUUUUAAUGAAAGCAAGACACCAAUAAUCAAGUGGAUGGCCUUGGAGAGCAUCUUGUUUCGCAGAUACACUCAUCAGAGUGAUGUUUGGAGUUAUGGUGUGACUGUGUGGGAGAUGAUGUCUUAUGGGACAGAGCCGUAUUCCGCAAUGUAUCCACAAGAGGUUCCUGAUCUGCUAGAAAAGGGAGAACGUCUCUCUCAGCCUCAGAUAUGCACCAUUGACGUCUACAUGGUGAUGGUUAAGUGUUGGAUGAUUGAUGAGAACGUUCGUCCAACAUUUAAGGAACUGGCUGGAGAAUUUACCAGAAUGGCAAGAGAUCCGCCUCGUUACCUGGUGAUCAAAGAGGACUGCAGCCAACAUGAUUCAGCUCUUGAUGAAGUUGCCCAGCGAAGUGCAGACCUUGAUGAUCUGGAAGAUUUAGAAAUUGAUCUAGAGGAUCUGGCUGAAAGCAUAACUCCAGCACCACACCAGAUGUCCAGGAGUCUGAGCCGCACCUCCAGGACAGACCCUUUCAGGGUGGUGCUAGAUCCAGCGACUGGGUCUGGGUACCUACCAAUGACCCCAGGCAUUGACAUUGGAGGAAAGCAGUCCCGUUCCCGACUUAAUUCGGCACGCACCAUGUCUGAGAGUUCAGAGGGGUGCGGCGGGGAGCUGGAGAUGAGCGAGGACUUUUCUCUGACAGGAAGUCUGAAAAGGGGACGCCACAGAGAGGACAGUGCUUAUGUGUCACAGAGGGACAGCAUGUCCGGUGGACCGCCAGAGACUCCCUCCCCUGAAAUGGAGGAAGAAGAUCAGAAUGGAUAUGUGCUUCCUGGAGGAAGCCCAGAAAGAGAUCCCCUAAUGUACUCGGCUCGAGCCACUGCAGGGAGAAUGGGAAAGUCUUGCUCAUUAGGUCUCCUGGAUCACUCAGACGAUGACGAAUAUGAGUACAUGAACAAGCAAACAAACGUUUCUCUGAGGCAAAACCCCCACCUGCUGAGGUCAAAAAAGAGACGAACCUAUUCUUUAUCAUCACAAGCGACAGAUUACUGCGAUACAGCACUUUCCACGGAGGUCAGAAGAGGGCAACCAACAAGUCAGACCAAGCCUGAUUCAGCCCAGCAGCUUUCAAAGGAUGUCCAGUAUGAAUAUAUGGACAUCAGAUGUAAUGACAAAGAGGAAAUACCUCCAGAGCGUGACCCUCCUCCACCUCCGAUUCUACGGAGGACAAGAGGGGAGGCAAAGGAGGAAGAGGAGGAUGCAUAUGUCGAGAAUAACGACUACCAUUACACAAAUAAAAAACCAGUACAACAACAAGCAGAGGAUAAAGAGUUCUACAAUGACAACAAUGAGGCAGAUGAGUACGAGGAUAUGGACUGCCUUGCAUCUCCACCACCUGUAGUUGAAGCAGUCAUUUACCAGAACAUGCAGAGGGAGGGAGAGGGAGAAGGUGGAGUCACACAGGUGCACCCGUCGGGGUUUGAUCCCCACGCUGUGGUGCGAACUGGAGUUGCAGCUACUGAAAAAUCUUUUGACAAUCCAGGCUACUGGCACAGUAGAAUGUUCCUGAAACCCAACCCUGUGCAGACUUGAAGAACAUGUUAAUCUCAGUCUUGGGACAUUUAUUCAUGAAGGACUUGAAAAAAGAAAAGCAUCCAGAAGCCACACUAUGUAGCCUUUGAUACAAACAUAGAAUAUUAAUUAAACAACAAAGUGCAAAGACUGGAAUAAAAACUCACUGACCAUAUAUAAAGGUGUAAAUACUUUUAUUCUGAAUGAUUUCUAUUGUACCAUGAUCUUGUAUCAUAAAUGUACUUUACUGUUUAUACUUUUAAAGGAUCAAAUGAAUGUGUAAAUAAUAAGGCAAUGUUGCUAUUUAGUAUGGAAUACUGUUGAUGUCAAAUUUAAGGAAUAGACUAUACUGGAAGGACUUCGUGACAAAUCUGAAUUCUAGGAACGUUAGCAGAAUAAAGGCUGGACUAAAUAUAACAUAACAUCAUAAUGCUUACUGGCUUAGCCAUGUGUAAAGAUGCCAGUGUCCACAUGCUCUUUAAUAGUCAGCGUUGUGCUUGCCUACCUCUCUACGAUUUCAGGGAUUGUGUAGUUCUGCACAAGAUUUUAAAUCUAAACUAAAAAUUAGGAUAAUGUUUCUCACUAGAUAACAGUAAAUCUGUUUUGCAAUUGUCAAAAAUUAUACACUUUGCCAGUAUGUUUUAGUCCUGUAAAUAUGGGCAAAUCCGAAGUUAAAAGCACUAAGUGUUUAAAACGCUAAGAAAUGAACAGACUACAAGCUACAUACUACUGUUUACAUUUUUUAAUGAAUGUAAUUUUUUUUUAGAACAAGGCAUAUCAGUAUGUUUUAAGGCCUUGGUAAAUUAAAUGUGUUUUGUACAUGGUUAAAUAAAAAUACAAAAUUACAGAAGUUUUUU